CACCCCUCUAUAAAUAGUAGUUCAUCCUGUGUACAUAUGACAUAAUUCCGAGACACGGAAAUGAAAUCCAUAUACAUGGCUGGGCAUAUUAUUGUUACUAUUAUUCUUAUUCUGCAUGCACAAACAAGCCAAGCUCAAGAACCGGGCAGCUUCUCAGGUAACGGAGACUAUAACUACAAUGAAAGCAGCGGGAGGGGGCCUAGCCAGUGGGGAAACCUGAAUCCAGACUGGAUAUUAUGCAAGACCGGGAAAAUGCAAUCUCCGGUUGAUGUGACGAAUGUAAAGGUCGAGACGGUUACAGACUCCGUCGAAGUAGAUACGGAGUACAAGGCUUCUUUAACUACUCUGGUAAACAGAGGGCACGACAUAGCACUUGAAUGGACGGGGGAUGCAGGAUACAUUGAGAUUAAUGGGAUAUAUUAUCAACUCCAACAAGUUCAUUGGCAUGUACCUUCUGAGCACACCGUAAACGGCAAGAGAUUUGAGUUGGAACGACAUGCAGUCCAUGUAAAUGCGAAAACCGGCAAUAUAGCUGUACUUGCUGUACUGUACAAAAUAGGCGGAAAAGACCCUUUUUUAAAACAGUUGAAGAAAUACUUGAAGACGAUGGUGAAAUCAAACAUCACAGAAACUUACCCUGGAAUGAUUGAUCCCGAUGAUAUAACAGAAGAUGAUGAGAGUUUUUAUAGAUAUUCGGGUUCUCUUACGACUCCCCCUUGUACUGAAGGCGUCAUUUGGACUGUCCAGAAGAAGAUAAUGACUGUUUCGAAAAGCCAAGUAGACCUGCUGCUUAAUGCUGUUCACGGUAACGAAAAUGCAAGGCCAUUGCAGGCAAUAAAUAAGCGGAAGAUCUCCCUCUACGUUCCUUGCGACGACACAGACUCGGCUCGUAUUUUCUUGCCAAAAAAGAUGGACUGGAGUGUCAUUGUGUAUCCUCUGGAGUAUUUGCAGCGCAAGCUAUUCUAUUCAUCCACUUAACAAGAUUUCAUCACAUUGUAUUUGUGGCCAUAUCCUGAAUAUGUCUGUACUUUGGGUAAAAUUAGUCAAAAUAAUGCACCAUGUCCAGAGAAUUAUGAAUCCUUAACGUGGUGCCUCAAUUGAUGCAAGGUGUUCGUUCGUAAAAGUAAUGCAAUGAGAAUCAUCUUGUUUCUAAGAA